AUGCUUUCGACGAUAUUCAUCCUCGCGGCCGGCGCUGUACUAGCAGAAGCCCAGGCCGGGAUCAACGGAUCCUUCCCUCAUGCCUACCCUGGACAACCGGAGGGAGAUUACAGUCCUCGAUGGCAGAAAUACUUCGAAGUGACGAAACCAUUGCCGAACGUUACGUUCCCCGUUGCCCGCAGCUUUGCAGGAAACAUUCGGGUCAAUCGACCCCAUCAUCCUAACGACACACUCUUCUACUGGGGCUUUGAGCAUUCACACGGCUCUUUGACAGCAGGAUCUGGUCAGAAUGCCCAUGCUCCUUGGGCUAUCUGGCUGAACGGGGGUCCGGGAUCAUCGAGCAUGCCAGGCUUGACCCUCGAGAAUGGCCCGAUCCACAUCAACCCGGAUUACUCGGUCACUCAUAAUCCUUAUGCAUGGACUGCUUUCGCGGAUUAUUUCUGGAUAGAUCAGCCUGUUGGCGUCGGGUUUUCCACCUCGGAUGCCGAAAGCUAUGUCACGGAUGAAGACCAAAUGGCUACUGACUUCUUCGGUUUUCUCGAGAACCUGGUGAAGGUCUUCCCUAGCUUAAGGACACGUCCAUUAUAUCUCACCGGCGAGAGUUAUGCUGGUACUUACAUACCAUACAUCACGAAGCAUUACUUCGGGUUGAAGAAUCCUCCGGUAAGGCUUGCCAGGAUAGCCAUGGGGGACGGAUCGUAUGCAGACCAGUCGAUUGUCACGUUGCUCCCGGUGGUGCAAAUAAUCGAGACAUACCCUCAGAUUAUUGGCUACAAUUCUACCGUGUUCGAAUACUUCCGCGAGCAGGAGCAUCUAUGCGGAUAUGACUUGAAUUUGACGUACCCCCAAACCAAACCCCUACCGCCGGUGUCGUUCGCGGGCUCGCCGUCGGACGAUGGGAGCAAACAGCACUUGAAGUUCCUCUCGAAGAAGCCAACACGGUUCGAUCUGGCUAAGCGACUGGCCGACGGGCAUGCCCUCAGGAAGCGCGAUGACGCGAGUGCGAAUAGCUUACGGUCGUUUGACCCUCAUAGCCCUCUUGAUCCUUUUUAUGGAUGCGACAUUUACGACGAGGUUAUGGACUACGCUCUUAACUUCACUUUCCCUUGGAACCUUACUCAGGGCUUCGAUGUCUACGAUAUACCUGACGCUCUCAAUCCGGAGGUACCCAUGGAUCCAUCGGUCUUCUUCAAUGAUCCUAAGACCGUAGCUGCGCUGCACGCUCCCACAAGCAAGGAAUGGACCUUCUUCUUCUCCGGCAAUGUCGGGUAUCCCUUUGGCGGAAAUUUCGUAGACCCCGAAGAUCCUAGCCCAUCACCCGAACCUGCGUUUUUCUCCGAGCUCGCUACCAAUGCUUCGUUGCAUCACGUCAGCAUCGUCUUCUAUUCUGGGAACGACGACUCGUUAGUACCGCACAGGGGUACUGAAGUUGUGAUCCAGAACACCACUUUCGGCGGUAUCAGAGGGUUCACACGUCGACCGUCGACGCCGUGGACACUGGACAACGGCACUUUCGGAGGGAUUGUCCAUCAGGAACGCAAUUGGACCUAUGUUUUAAUCAACAACGCAGGGCACGUAGUCCCCUACACCAACCCUAUUUCUGCAUUCACGAUGGCACGGAACUGGAUAUUCGGCAACAACCAGACCGGCCUUGUCGUCGGUUCCAAGGUCAUCGGAGGCGAAAACGCUUCCGAGCUGUCGGGCGAUAUCCUUCCUGGCAACGAAGCCAUCUUUUACGGCAGUUUGAGCACGCAGUCGUCAUACGUCUUCCCAACGGCGACGAUCAACUCGUGGAGCAGCUUCAUUCAUACCGCCACGGCCACGGCCACGCCGUGA